AGGGGCCCAAUCCGAUGGCGAUCCUCCCUUAAAAACACCAUCUACGAUGUGCUCCAGUCAAAAGCUGACUGGGUGGAGACGGACAGCGAGACGGACUGGGACUUCUUUUGGGCAGACAAGGGCUGGAUCCAUCACGAGCUUGACAAGAUGCAUCUGGCGGACUGGCAGCGCAUCAACCACUUCCCCAACCACUACGAGCUCACGCGCAAGGACCUGCUCAUUAAGAACCUCAAGCGAGCCAAGAAACAGCUGGAGAGGGAGGAGCGGCUGGCGGAGGCUGCCCAGUACAACUUCUUUCCGCUGACCUUCGUGGUGCCGUCGGAGUACCGCAUGUUUGUGGAGGAGUUCAAGCGCAGUGGUGGGGUGUGGAUCAUGAAGCCCAUCGGCAAGGCGCAGGGACAGGGCAUAUUCCUGUUCAACAAACUCAGCCAGGUGAGCGGGUGGGGUCAGUUGGGGGGUCGGCUGGGGGAUUGUCGAGCCGGGGGCCGAAGCCGAAACACAGCGCAAGGGUCGGGAGCACACAGCACAAGUCGGUUAGUCUUGUGUGCUCCCGACCCCGACUCAGACUGCCAACACUCUACGCAGCCACUCCGCAGCCCCCCCAUCCGGGGGUGGCGCUGCAUUGAAUACACCACGAAGGGCUCUCAGGUCCCGCUAGAGCGAGUCCACAACUCCGGUUUCGCCCGCUUCACCAACAUGCGGUACAGCACCAAGAAGGAGGACAUCACCAACACCUACGUGCACCUGACCAAUGUGGCCAUUCAGAAGCAUGCGCCGAAUUUCGACGCACAGAAGGGACUCAAGUGGUCCAUUCGCAGCCUCAGGACCUACAUCACCACGAAACAUGGUGCGGAGGCCGCCGCGGAGCUGUUUCACGCCAUCCAGAACAUCAUCAUUCGCGCGCUGCUUGCGGUGCAGCCCGCCAUGAUCAACGACAAGCACUGCUUCGAGCUGUACGGCUAUGACGUCAUGAUAGACUCCAACCUAAAGCCCUGGCUCAUCGAGGUGAAUGCCUCCCCCUCCCUCACCGCCAGUGACAAGACAGACUGGGUCCUUAAAACAGCCAUGUUGGAGGAUUUGCUUGACAUUGUGGACUUGGAGGGUAAGCGGGAGCCCGGCAAGGUGGAGCUGCGGAUGGGCGGGUUCGACCUUAUCUGGGAUGGAGGCCCCGUCCUGAGG